UUCUUCGCUUGUUUGAAAUAUUUUUGUUUACUUCAAAUGAAAAAGAAUUUUUUUUUAACAAUCUUUAUUAAAAAAAUACAAUAAAAUUUAAAUAUUUUAAAUAAAAAUAAUGGCUGCAAAUAGAUCACGUCGAGCUAAUGCAGGAAAUAAAAUAUCCAAAUUAAUCGAAGAAGAGGAAGAAGAUGAUUUUUACAAAACUUCUUAUGGUGGCUUUCAAGAAGAGGAAGAUGACAAUGAAUAUGUACAAAAAGACGAAGAAGAAGAUGUAGUUGAUUCUGACUUUAGUAUUGACGAAAAUGACGAACCAGUUUCGGAUAACGAAGAUGCUCCAGAAAAACGAAAGAAAAAAGGAAUCAACACAAAAGCUUACAAAGAACCUUUGCCACCGAAAAAAGAUGCCAAAUCAACGACACCCAAGAAAAAACUUACAAAAGUCGUCAAAAAGAAACUACGUCCAAAAUUCACAAUUCACGAUUCGGGGAGAAAGUCGAUUCGUGCAUCGACAGCCAUCAAAACAGAAGCAACAAAAAUUCGACUCAAGGAAUUGAUCGAGGCGAAGAAGAAGAAAAAGAAGAUAAUUCGAGUUGAAGAAUAUAUGCCAACUCAGGAUGAACUACUUGAAGAAGCUAAAAUUACGGAGCAGGAAAAUAUUAAAUCACUUGAAAAAUUCCAAAAAAUGGAAUUGGAAAAGAAGAAAACUCGUCCGACCAAGCGGACUUUUGCUGGUACGAUGAUUCGUUACCAUUCUAUGACAAUGCCAAUUGUAAAGAAGUCCUCCAGAAACGAAAGAAGUCUGGGAGAUUCUGAAAAUGACAACAAAUGUGAGAGGACAUUCAUAACUUUCGACAACGAUAUCGAUGAUAAAGUCUUCCAAUCGAUAUUCAAACCAAUUCGGGUUAAGGAUAAAGGAGGAUACAUUUGUGCUAUCACAAAACUUCCUGCUAGAUACUUUGAUCCGGUUACACAAUUGCCAUUCUAUAGUAUUCAGGCAUUUAAAAUAUUACGUGAAGCGUAUUAUUUGCAAUUGGAAGAGAGAGGCAAUAUGGAACAUCCGGAUAUGGCCAAGUGGGUUGAGUGGCGUAAGAUGGUUCGUGAAAAUCGUCUGAAGUCAUCGAAUAAAAAUAAUACCACCUAAGAUUCAAAAAUCAAGAAUAGCAUUAAAAACAAGAUGAAACUUAUAA